AGUCGGUUAGUUUAUGUCCAGAGGCUCGCUCAGGUGAAGGCGGCGGGAUAUUGAAGCUAAAUCCCCCGCGACCGUUGGGGAGUCACAGUCUCCCGCGCCUUUUGAAGGUUUGAAGUUAAAUGUCCGCCGAGGAUGUUAUUGGGGCGCGCGUGUGAGACUCCGUCGUAGUAGUUUGAUACUCAUCGCGCGGUGCGGACGUGGGCUAGUGCUGGUGACACACUCCGAGCCAUUACACCCUUACACGAUGAUAUCUUAUUCGCUCGAUACGCCAUACUCGCCCACGAAAGCGGCGGACAUCAGAAUGUUCUUCAAGAAGCCCUCAGCUAGGAGGGCGUUGUCUGAACUUGGCAUCAACGACACGAAAGCAAACCUGAAGAUGGCAGACACCCUUUUCACCAUCACCGCCGAGCAGUUCAUAAAGAAAUGGAACUUUGAUCCCAUACGUUGCCGCCCCCUGCCCUCAGGACGCUACCAGUGGACGCCAGCAAAAUCCGCCGCCAGAAAAAAUCGCCUGAAUCAAGAAGACCUCACGCGGGAAACAUCACCCAGCGAGGAUGUACUCGAUGACCCACUAACAUCAGACCCUGAAGAUGUGGGGGAGGUCAGCAAACGCCUUGGUUACCUGAUCGAGGAUCACCACUACCUGGGGGAGAACGUGGAGGAGGGGAGAAGAUGUUGUGAGGAGGAGGCGUGUGAGCUGUACACCACGGCCCUGCCCACCCUCCACCACCACCUGCCACACUCCCCACGCAACACUCACAAGUCUUCACACUCGCACACGCCUAGGACUAAACAGUGUAAAAUCACUGACUAUGGGCGACAGAGGAAGCGGCUACACUCCUGCUCCAAGUGUGAGGAGGGUGAGAGUGAGGUAACCACACCCAGGAAGAAGUUGGCCCUGUCACCCACCAAGCCCUCCAAGUAAUGGUCUUCACCACCUGUCUGGACCAAGAUGAUAACAGGAUGUUUUAAGGCUGUUUGUGAGGGCCUUCCUGGAAUAUCAAAGAGUUUUUAGGCAUUUAUAUGAUAUUAAAAGCUCUUUUGAUUGCUUUUGUGGGACAAUGGAUGACUUAAGAGUUCCAAGUUCUUUAGGGCUCUUUCAAGAGCCCUUUGACCGGCUGAAAAGGUUUUAGUGGGGGAAUGCAGUAGAUCUUUUGCUUGAAUGGCAAAGGUCUGAUGAAGCUUCGAUGUACUUCUGGAAACCGAAAAAUAGUUUUUGGAUGGACUUCUUUUGAGUUCUCAAGAGAUAUUAUUUGUGGGUCUUGAAGAGCCCCCCUUUGAUUCCUUAAGAGUGUCCUCCAAGGAUGUCUGAUUAUCUUUCAGACUGUUGGGAAGGUCUCUUCAGGAACAGUAUGGAACUCAGUCAUCUGAAGCAUCUGGAUAUAUCUUCGAGAUGUUGCUAAGUUUCUUCACAGCUGUCUGAAGAUCUUGACCAAAUUCAGGUCCUCUAGAAUGGCUGUUAAAAAAAGUCAUUUCUUAUAUGAAGGUGGGACUUAUAUCAGUCGAUUGUCUAAAUGAAUAAUAUGGAAUGUUUUAGAAUUCUUAUGUAAACAUCAGACUGCAAGUGAGAAACUUUCAGUAACUUCUCUUCGACUGUUGACGUAUGUUUUCCUAAGAUAUAUGUAAUAAUUUUAGUGCAAAUUUUUAACAAAAUGUCAGACUUAUUGUGCCGUAAGAGUCUGUUAAACUAGUGAGACACGUUAUUAAAUAUGUUGAUAUAUUUGUACAGACUUUUCGCUGUGAAUUGUCAGAAUUCUUGAGUCCUGGUAAAUAUCAGAGUACCUACAGUGUAAGGGAGCAGUUGUUAAGUGUUGGCACAAGACUAUUGUGAAAAUAUUGAGAAGCUCAGCAACCAGAGUCGUAAAUGGUUCAGGAGAUAUUUAUAAAUGAUAUUUAAUAUAUUGUGUUCAGUUAUUAGAUUAGGCCUUCAGUAGGCUAUGAUUAUAUAGUACAGUACAGUAGUCUUUUUCUUAGGAUAGUCUUUAUUAAGGCUAGUCUGCUAAGACUCCUGAUUUAAGUUAACCUUUAUGAAGGCUAGUCUUUGCAAAGGUUAAUGUUUGUUUGGGUUAGCUCUCAGAGGCUAGUUUUUGCUGAAGUUUAGCUCUGUGUUUAUUCCUUUUGUGUAGAGUCUUGCUGAAAAAUUUCUGUUCAGUAUCACUGAGGAAGUUUUUAUUGAACAUUUGUUCACAAUCACUAGAAUUCAAAUUUUCCCGAAUGUGCCAAAUGGGAGAAAGUUCAUCCUCGUAAAGUUAAAAUGUCACGGCCUGAAAGGUUUGGCAGUCGUAAACUAUUGUUGUUGUUAUUACUGUGAGGGGAUGUUAUUUGUGAGGAUUUAACCAUCACAGAAUUCAUGCUGAGAUUAAAGUGUUAUACAGUUGAAAAUCUUUUAUAAAUUCAGGUAAAAAUGAUGAAGCAUUAGACUCUGCACACUUGUUGUCAUCAGUAAAGUCUUGAAGUGUCAUAUACUUUCUAUGAUUUUUAUGGAUUUUUAUUUUUUAACUGACGAGACCUUAGCAACUUCAAGUACAGUACAGUAUAUUUAGUACUGUACUGGCAUUGUUUAGAAAGGAGAGCCUUAUGGACACAGAAAGUUGAUGACAUUUGAAGAUAAUAAUAGAAUGUUAUUAUAUACAGUCGACAUAUCAGGUCUAUGCUGAUCUGAUAUGGUGGACAGACAUAAGUACAUCUUUUUUUAAAUGUUCUGUUGCCAUUUAUUAUUUUAUAAUUAAUUAAAUGUCUUUCAUUGCUCUCUGGGUAAUAGUUCUAAUACAUUAAUCUCUCAACAUCUUUAAAACAGUGAUAUUAUUUUACAACCAUGCAGAAUUCUCCCAUAAAUAUUUCAAACAUUGUCUUUAUGUGUAAAUACAAAUGUAUUGAAUUAUUUGUGGGGGAACAUUCUGCUUGGGACAUCCUGCUGUGUUUGUGCAGGAAAUGGUGAAUUUGAUAUAAAGAGAUUGACACCAAUUUGAGUUUACUACACAACACAUAUGAUCUUAGAUAAUGUGCAAUGUUUACCACAGUGAGCAAAAGUAGGCUAGUCAUCUUAUAUUUAUUUGUAUUUUUAAGGUCUAGUUUUUAAUGUAACAUCAAAAGUUUAUUUGUUAAACUUGUGUGAUCAUAAUGAGUUGUGCAUCUUGCCUAAACCUUUCACUAGAAUUAUUUAUAACUUCUGUUGGAAUUCAAAACACCCAUUUAGGUUAGAAUGUGGACAAGUGGAUAUUCCUUGUAGAGUUCCAGUUGACUGUUGGUAAAGUCUCAUGGUACUGUUUUAGUAUAGAGUGAUACAUAAGUUUGAACAGGGGAGGAAUACUUAACAUUCAAUGGUCACACUUAGAUCUUAAGUUGAAAAUAUAACCUAUUUAACCUUAUAUUGAUGUUAAUUCCCAGUGUAGACAAUAAAAGAUUCUAAUUAUGAGAAUCUUCUAUAUAUAUAUAUAUUUUUUUUUUAUUGGUGAUAAAUUCCAAAUCAGGAUCACUGAAAUAGCUGGUAUGUAAAAUAUAUGUGUACAGAUAGUUAGUUAUCACUGUACAAUUUGAUGACAGACUUAAUGGCCAUCAGUGGUUCAGAUGUGGUCUUUAUUACUGAUACAAGGAUCGUGAUUGACUCUGUUCAUUGUGAAGCAUGUGAUGUGUCCUUUAGUUUCUUAACAUAAAGUUUCAUUAGUAGUCAUCCAUUUAAAGUUGAAUCAAUACUCAUAGUAGUUACUGAGACAGUUCUCAGUAAGUCUAAUUCCUGCUUUUAUCUUUAUUUUACUAGUUUUCCAUUUCAUUUUAUUAUUUAUUUUAUUUAUAUAUUUUUUUACGAACUCACAAAACUCACAAUCAUUCCCUCGUGACUUCAUAAUGGGAAGAACAAUUACACCUGAAAUCCAUGAUCUCAUGUUAUACUUGUACAACUAUAUGUUCUUUAGGGUGAGGGGGGAGAAGUGUUAAUGUAGAGUAUUAGUGUAAGAUACUACUGUAGCCUAGCAGACCAGGGGGGAGGGAGGGUGGGGGGGGG